CAAAUCAGACAAUCCGACUGUCCGAUCCGAGCGUUUAUGCGAAAAAUGCCAGGAUGGUCUCUCAGGUUUCUCUCCGCUUCUGCAAAAAUAAUCAGAAAUAAUUGUAUUUAUAUAGAAGAAAUAUGUCGGAAACAACCGGAGUUACGCAGGGGGUGGGCAAUCCUUAUAAGAUAGUUGAUCACACCAGGGAGCGAAGAAAGGGUAUCACCGCCUCGUCGUUGAAGGAGCUGACUAACGUCGCACGCAAUCGACUGGCAUUCCCCGUGGAUGCGGAUCUUACGAUCGUGCUUGAACAGGAUGGAACGGAGGUAGACGACGAGGAAUAUUUUGCCACGUUAGAAAGAAACACAAGCUUGAUGGUGCUGCAUGGUGAUCAAAAAUGGGCUGCUGUGGGCAGCAGCAAGACAGCGUCUCGUUGCAUCGUUGUGGAUAAUGUGGAUAACGCCGAAGGUGGUUCAAAAGUCGACAAAAUUCGACGACGGCGGACGCUCAUUGAACCCCUGGUCUCGUCGUUGCAUAGCGACCCGUCGCAUAUCUCGCUCCUAGGAGGAACCGAGUUGGAAACACUCAGUGAUAUGGAUCCUGACAGUUUAGGCGACAUAGUGCCUGACAGACUCUUCCUCGAGCAACUGAAAGAAGCUUCAGGUAGAUUUUUAGUGGAGAAACGGCAAGCGCAGGAAUCCAUGGCUCUCCUCCAGAUGUACGCGAGCGGUGGUGAGAUGGAGCGAGCGUAGGCCAUGUGGGGGGUGGGCGCCCUCACAUUAGCAAAUAUGUAUAGAGUGCGGCGUCGCAUAUUCUAUAAAGGUCGCCAACUACAACAAACUCUGAUCCUAUUCUGGAAUUGAGCCCAUCGCUAUUUACACAAACUGAGAACAGACAAGCGUUAGUCGCUCAAACUGAACGCAGCUGUGUCAGUGAGGAGAAUCUUAUGUUAUCUCUCGCGUACGCGAAGAACACGAAGAAACGCAGAGACAAAGACAUUGUACAGAGACACGAAACACAAGUAGUUUACGUUCGCCCAACAAUUUACUACCGUAACAUCAAUAAUAAUAAUAAUAAUAAUAAUAAUAAUAAUAAUAAUAAUAAAUGAUAAUAGUAAUAGGUUUCGCAUUCUUAAAGGAAAUAGUAACUCUAAGUUUUUUGUAGAAUUUUUUUAAUCUAUAUACAUACGAGAUUCAGUGGCACAACUAUGCUUUGGCAAUACUUUCCAUCCUUAGUGAGCGUACGGAAUUGCUUUAAUACAACAUCCAAGAGAUAUUACCUUGCUAUACCGGCAAAAAUAUACACUCGCAAUUUAGCUGCUAAUUUGAAUAAUACAUAAGAAAGAAAGCCAAGUAAGCGCGUAAAUAACACAUUUCAGAGUGGAUAUUCCCGUCGCGAUAUUGCCAUAUCAAGUCUUAGCGAAACGGGUUUUGUUUAUGGGAUUUUUGUACUUAGAUACGUCAUACCGAAAUUUAGUUCAACGAAGAUUGAUGGAAUAUUUAAGACUGAAUUUAUAGAGAAAACGAAAACCACCACCAUUGAUAUCACCAAUUCAUUGUACACUAACAUUAGUGACAUAAUAGCGACAAAAAAAGUCGAUAUCAGCCCUUUGAUACCAAGCAAAAUUGUGCUAUUUGAUAAAAAAAAAA